AUGAUGGGAUUUGGAGAACAUAAUGUGGGAGGCUCAGACUUUGCCCAGGACAAGAAAGAAUGCAAAGACCAGCUGAUCGGUCUAUCACCAUGUCUUCCUUUUGUCAGCGGAGAAUCAAAAUCUCCGACUCCGGCGUGCUGCUCCGAGCUGAGAAAGGACAUAAACACAACACGCAAGUGUCUCUGCGUUCUAGUUAAAGACCGAAACGAACCCGGUCUCGGUUUCAAGAUCAACGCCACCCUUGCGUUGAACCUCCCUUCCAUUUGCCAUGCUCCGUCCAACGCCUCAGACUGCCUUGCUCAUGUCAAAUCCACCCAAACCCCUACCCUAUUGGGCUAUCAGUGCGGGCUGCUACACUUAUCUUUCUACGUGAUGAGUGGCUCAGACUUUGCCCAGGACAAGAAAGAAUGCAAAGACCAGCUGAUCGGUCUAUCACCAUGUCUUCCUUUUGUCAGCGGAGAAUCAAAAUCUCCGACUCCGGCGUGCUGCUCCGAGCUGAGAAAGGACAUAAACACAACACGCAAGUGUCUCUGCGUUCUAGUUAAAGACCGAAACGAACCCGGUCUCGGUUUCAAGAUCAACGCCACCCUUGCGUUGAACCUCCCUUCCAUUUGCCAUGCUCCGUCCAACGCCUCAGACUGCCUUGCUCUUCUAAACUUGGCUCCAAACUCAACAGAUGCCCAGGUUUUUGAACAAUUUGCUAGCACCAAUGGAGCCAGUGGCACAAUCGAUGGCACUCCAACUAGUUCAAGCAGCAGAGUUUGGAGAAGGAAAUGGCCAGCUUCAAGGUUGUUCAGUAGGGUCUCACUUUGGCUUCUUCUAUCAGUCUUUAUCAGUAGCCUUUAG